GUGACAGAGGGUUUAGGGCAAUCAAAUGCGGGGUGAGUGUGAGCGAUAUCACCUCGCACCCAUCUGGAGUCCGCAGCCGUCGUAGGGGCGUGGGAGUGCCGACCAAUCCGACCCGAGGAGCGUCCAGUCUUGGCCAAUAGCAGCGAGGGAGGCGGGGAGGGGGGCGGGGUUCUUCAGGCCGCUGCUCGGUGGUGGGGCCCCGGGGUCCCUCGGCGAGGGGCCAUGGAGUUCCCCGGGCACAGCGAGCAGCUUCUGCAGAGCCUUCGGGAUCAGCGCUCGCAGGGCUUCCUGUGCGACUGCACGGUGCUGGUGGGCAGCACACCGUUCCAGGCGCACCGGGCAGUGCUGGCCUCGUGCAGCCCCUUCUUCCAACUCUUCUACAAGGAGCGCGAGCUGGACAAGCGCGACUUGGUGUGUAUCCACAACGAGAUCGUCACGGCGCCCGCCUUCGGUCUGCUGCUGGACUUCAUGUAUGCAGGCCAGCUGGCCCUGCGCGGGGACACGCCGGUGGAGGACGUGCUGGCCGCCGCCAGCUACCUGCACAUGAAUGACAUCGUCAAGGUCUGCAAGCGGCGGCUGCAGGCUCGGGGCCUGGCCGAGGCCGACAGCACCAAGAAGGAGGAAGAGUCCCGGGCGCCGCGGACCACCCCAGAGCCACUGCCCAGCACUUCCCGAGGCCUCCUGCCCGUGCUUCCUCUGCAGGAGACGCCGGGCUGGAGGGACCAGAACCAGUGGAAAGCACCUGCCCCUGCCCUGCCCUCGGGCCCCCACGCUGAGGAGCCCCCAGGGCCCGAGGGUGCAGAUACCACUCAGCCUGGCAUCGAUGCCCCUGUGGCGGAAGGCUCCCAUUCCAGCCCUACUAGUUCCACAGAAGCAGUGCCCACCGGCUACUUUUCCCCCAGUCUCGGGGCUGCCCCUGGGGAGCCCCCGGCGCCCCUGGAAGUGGGUCCUGAGAACUUGGGGGUAGUGGGCCCUCGAGGACCUAGUGGGCCCAUGGAGGGCUUCUACCCACCUCCACCUGUCCCAGUCCCAGUCCCAGCCCCAGGAGAGGCCGAGCCGGUGCAGGUGAAGGUGGAGGCCAUUGUCAUUUCCGACGAGGAGCCCGAGGGGCUUGAGGAGCGGCCACGGGCCCCAGAGGGACUCUUCCCACCGGGAUCCGGGUGUAGGAGCCGCUAUGCCCCCCCUGAGGCAUUCGAAGAGGCCGCCGUCACCGCUGCCUCCGGGGCAGGAGGCCCGGGGCUAGAGGAGGUGGGGCCUGCUGACCACUUUCUGGCCCCCGAUUCCCACCUUCCCUACCACCUGCUGGCGGGCCCGGGGCACUAUCACCCCGGCCUGGUGACCCCGCCUCCGCCCGCGCCCAGCAGCCUGCAUGAGUCUCUCUAUUUGCCUCCCGAGUACGAGGUGGCGCCGGGGGGCUUUGGGGUUUUCACAGAGGAUGUCCCAACGUGCAAGACGUGUGGGAAGACCUUCUCGUGCUCCUACACGCUGCGGCGCCACGCCACUGUGCACACGCGCGAGCGCCCCUACGAGUGCCGCUACUGCCUGCGCAGCUACACGCAGUCGGGGGACCUGUACCGCCACAUCCGGAAGGCGCACAAUGAGGACCUGGCCAAACGCAGCAAGCAGGACCCCGAGGCUUCCCCCUCCUAGGGGGGCUCCCAAAGACCCCGGACCCGGCCCGGGGACUGUUGGGGGGGGGAGGCCUUUCUGAGGUCGGUCCGUCCACGGAGGAAGGCAGGGAGGUCACUGCCGCUGCUGGGGUGCCCUUGGUCCGGGGAAGGUGAGCAGGAUUCGGGUGGUGCCGCUCCGCCCGCUGGUCCUGAGCCCAGGAGCGAGCUCCUGCUGGGCCCUGCUCUCCCUUUUCUGUGGACUCUCCUACUGGCUUCCCCGGGUGGGGGAGGGAGGCCCGAUUCCUUGGCUUCUGGCCUUCAGACUUCCCCAGAGGUGGUCACUCGCGUCUCCAAGUGCUGUCCUAUUGCCUGGGCCAUAAAUGUGGAAAUGAAAGCCUUUUUAUGAA